AUGGGGAUACUGUUUACGAAGCUGUGGAGGCUUUUUAAUCACCAAGAGCACAAAGUCAUCAUUGUGGGUCUGGACAAUGCAGGCAAGACUACAAUUCUUUACCAGUUCUCGAUGAACGAGGUGGUGCACACCUCCCCCACCAUCGGCAGCAACGUGGAGGAGAUCGUGGUCAACAACACGCACUUCCUCAUGUGGGACAUCGGCGGCCAGGAGUCGCUGCGCUCGUCCUGGAACACGUACUACACCAACACAGAGUUUGUGAUCGUGGUGGUGGACAGCACAGACAGGGAGCGAAUCUCUGUAACCAAAGAAGAACUCUACAGAAUGCUGGCUCAUGAAGACCUGAGGAAGGCCGGGCUGCUGAUCUUCGCUAACAAACAGGACGUGAAGGGCUGCAUGUCUGUGGCCGAGAUCUCCCAGAGCCUCCAGCUGACCGCGGUCAAAGACCACCAGUGGCACAUCCAGGCCUGCUGCGCCCUGACGGGGGAGGGGUGA